CACCAUAGCACCCCGUCCCUCACAAUAUAAGGAAAAUAAAUUCGUCACGAUGUACAUCUCCAUCCUCCUCUCCCUCCUUCUCGGAAGUGUAUACGUAAGCGCACAAACACAAUACACGGCCACAGCCCCCGCAGCAGUCGAGAAGGCUAGGGCGACGGCCCUGACACUGAGUCCGACGUCGAAUGUGCAGGGGAGGAGUUUCAACCGUUUCGUCACGAUUUGGUGUGAGAAUACGGAUUUUGCUAUCGCGGCUGGGGAUCGUAUGUUUUCUUUUUAUUCCGUUUGCAAAUCUAGAACUACUAUGAGAAAGAGAUGAUUUCGAGGUGGUUUAAACUUGGGGGGAGUAUAGCGAGUAGAUUACUUGACUGAUAGAUAUAAUUACAUUUAGCGAACUUCAAAUACCUCGCCUCGCAAGGGAUAACGCUCACGAAUUAUAAGGCGCUUACACACCCCUCGCAAGGGAACUAUGUUGGUGCUGUUGGCGGGUGUAUGUCUACCCAUCUACCAUCUACCAUCUAUAAACCCCACAUCCAUCCCCUUCCCAAGCAGGGGAAAUGCUAACCAGAUAUUCCAGCUCUAAAUGGCGUCACAGGUGACUCCUUCACCCGAAUCAGCCCGUCCGCAAAGACGAUCGUAGAUCUACUGGAUGCGAAGGGAGUGAGUUGGAGUGAGUACCAGGAAGAUAUGCCGUAUAGUGGGUUCGAAGGGAAUGCGUGGGUGAAUCAGAAGAAUGGACGGAACGAUUAUGUUAGGAAGCAUAAGUAAAUUUCCCCUUUCCCUUCCCCUUCCUUUUCAUCUCAUCUCAAUAACAGAGGAAAUAAAUAAGUCCUAACACCACCCAUCCAGCCCCCUCAUAAGCUACGACUCCAUAACCACCGACCCCAACCGCCUCGCCAAAAUCAAGAACUUCACCAUGUUCGAACGGGAUCUGGAAGCGGAUAAACUCCCACAGUGGUUAUUCAUAACUCCCAAUAUGAGUUCGUUGUCAUUUCUCCUCUCUCUCUCCUCCCUUUCCCUCAUAAUCAUCUUUGUUGAUAUGAACUUGUAAGCGAGGAGAAUCACGAUUCUAAUAAUAUGUAAACAACCACAGCCUCCGACGGCCACGACACCAGCGUAACCGUCGCCGGAAAAUGGACACGAGAUCUUCUCGAUCCUCUCCUCAAGAACCCCAAAUUCAUGGAUGGGACGCUAGUGCUAGUCAGUAAGUUACCUCCCCCCUCCCCUCUCAUCCCCUCUCUUCCACCCCAUCCCCCCAUUUUUACAAACAAACCAAACCAACAACCCCCAGCCUUCGACGAAACCGAAUCCUACACUGCCGCCAACCGGGUCCUCGCCCUUCUCCUCGGGGACGUAAUCCCGACUUCCCAAAAGGGAACCAGCGAUAGCAAGGCGUACACGCAUUACUCGCAGAUGGCGACGGUAGAAAGAAAUUGGGAUCUGGGGAGUCUGGGGUUAGGUGAUGAGGGGGCUUUGAGUUUUUUUACGGGGUGAGUUGUCAAGGUGAG